AUGACUACACAAAUUAUUUCAACCCAAACCUCGACAACCAUAGUUACUAAUGCUAAUACACCUGCAACCACAACUAUCCCAUCAACAAUUCAGCCGCCAGUUCCACCCACGGAUGACAUAGGAACGCCACCUCUUCCACCAACAGGUGCACUGGUACCCCCACCAAUCCCUGCAAACACGCCCCCCAUUCCACCAUUUCCCGCAAACACACCCCCCGUUGUCACAACAACCAAACCACCCCCACCGCAGGGGAAUAAAAAGAUAAGGUGUGGAACCAAAGGCAGAAUCGGUGGGGUAGUAAAUGGCACAAGAGCAGCAGCUGGCAGUUGGCCGUGGCAAGUCGGGAUUAAAAAGUGCGCCCAUUGUAAUAUAACGUGUGGUGGAACGCUGAUAAAUGACGAGUGGGUAGUUACCGCUGCCCACUGUGUAUCGCAGUCGUUCCCAAAUGAGUUGUAUAUCGUGAUCGGGGAAGUAGACCAAUCUACGAAAUCUGGACACGAGCAAAGAUUUAGAUGCACGAAAAUAAUUGUUCAUGAGGACUAUGGAGUUGAUGCGCCAUAUGACAAGGACAUUGCCAUAAUAAGAUUGGAUAAAUACGCCGUGUACAACGACAAUGUGCGUCCACUCUGUAUGCCGGGAAGCGGGACAGUGUUAACAGAAAAUGAUUUAUGCACGGUCACAGGCUUUGGACGUGUUACACAAAAUGGCGUGAAAUCUGCGAGACUCUUAGAGGCUAAUGUGAAGAUAGUAAAUUUCAAUACGUGUGUGAAGGUAAUGUUCUAAUCCUUACCACUGCAUAUUUGGUUUAUACUAAAGGUCCUAAAAUGUCGAUUGAAAGAUGUUACUAACUCGUAAAUACGAUGGCCCUCCGUUUUUUCUCCAUAUUUUUGAAGUAGUAAAACACGUACAGGAGUGUUAUUAAAUAUUAAUUAAUUAUUGAGUGUUAGUGAGCUUAUAAGAUACAACAAAUCUACGACGCGGACGUGACAUAAAAAACGUUGCUAAUGUUUGGAAUCCAGUUUUAUUUUGCUUCACUUGUGUCUCUGACUUUGUUUGCCAACUGGAGGCCAUAAUUUUUAUCCGUGAAGUGAAACUGUUGGAAUAGUUACCGUUUUACUUCACUUUCAUUAGAAAAGAAUGCGUGAAUGAAGAUUACGGUCCAACAUGCGUUUGGGCGGAUAUCCAUACCAAAUAUUCGAUAUAAUCUUGAAUGGUCUGUGCCAGUGUAGAUAUAGUGCCUAUAAUAACAACAUUUUUGUUGGUAGGGGUACUUGAAAGUACUCGUAUUUGAAAAAUACGAUACCUAGGUCCAGAACAUGUAGUAUCGACAUUUCAUUCGUUUUGGUCAAGCACACACUGCAGACAAAUACGAAGCGUGGUGAAAGUUUAGUUACUGUAGGCUUUAUAUUACCAAUGAUUAGUUAUUUGCCAUAUUUGGCACAUUUUUCAAUCUCAUCAACUUUGACUAAAUAAAUAGCAUUUUCCUGUUACCGUUGGUAAAUCAGUUACAGGAAAAGUGCAUUCUGUUCUUUCGCUUAUUGUUAUAUGCUUACAUUGCAGGAAUAUCGGUAUUGAUAUCGAAAUGGAAAAAAAAAUGCAUUAAUAACGAACCGGUAUCCUAUCGAUUAAAAAAAGUGGAUAUCGCCUAUCACUAAAGUGAACACACAAGACUGUAGAGUUUGCCAAAAUAUGAUACAGUUAUCUCCAGUUUUCCUAACAUUUUAUGUCAUUUUGUAGACGUACGCAAGCUUGCUGAAUCCCAGAAAAGUUACGAGUAACAUGUUUUGUGCCGGAUAUAAGAAAGGAGGUACGGACGCAUGUCAAGGAGAUAGUGGUGGUCCGCUCACGUGUUUUGAUCGCAGCAACUCCAGGUUUAUCCUUGGUGGAUUGGUGUCUUGGGGCGUAGGUUGCGCACAACCAGAUCGUUAUGGAGUAUACACCAACACAGCAUUGUUUACCCCAUGGGUGCAGAAGAAACUUGCUGCCUUUGGAUAUUAGACUUUCACGUUCACAAUAUUAGCCUGCCCGCUGAUCUCAAAAGUAGGAAUGGAUAGAGCAACCUUUCUAAUUUACGGAAUUAAUUUUGAAGCCAGAAUAUCUAUAAUGAGGAGAGAUUUUCAAAUCUAUCACGUUCCUUACUGAUUAAAUUAGUUAUGCUAUGAAGAAAAUUUGUUCUUGUACCUAACUUGAAAGAUAUAGCUUCCCAGACAUCUUCUAAUGAGUUUUAGAAAAUUUUGAACAUGAGACAAUUGAGACUUAAGGUGGCCAUAUUGAUGUGACAUCAUUAUAACCCAUUCCUUUCAAGGCAAUAUCUUUUUAUUCCAACCAAUCUCAAAAAAAAAAUAAGAACCUCUCCUAACAUGUCAGCAACAUGAUUGCGGUGGUUACAAUAAUAUAGCCGCCAUUCGCUUUUGAGAUCAGUGAGCCAUUGUAGUUUGGGAAAGAACUUGCUGCUUACGGAUAUCAAACUUGAGUGGUUACACAAAUAGCCUGAUUAAAAAAUUAAACAAAUAUUCAAUUUAUACUCGCACUUACAAAUAUUAUAAUGGGCAUAUAAGUACAUUAGAUUCUAGUUAAAUAGGGAUGUACGUAUUAACGAGUGGAUUUCACAAAAUUAACACAAAAUUUUCAAAAUAAACAUAGAAUUUGCAGAUCUUCUUCUGUAGUAUUUUAUUUUUAAUGCGAGUGAUAAAGCUAUUUGAUGCCAGUCUUCUUCAAUGGCGAAUUAGUGACUUUAAUUUUCAUCGAUAUCAUACACACCAGCGCCAAAAUUGCAUUCGUCGCAUCUACACUGUUUACAAUAUAAGCUACAGUAACUUGGCCAUUUGAGUGAUUAUAAAGCUAGUGUAGCUAAUAUGUUUAUUUUACAUUUAACCGUCGAUCCAACGUCGGAUUAUUUUACUAUAUUAAAAUGACAAGCAGAAAGCAUGCACACGUGAAGGUAAAUCAAUUUCUCAAUGCAACUCAAUGCAAAACAAGUGAUAAAUGGCGAUUUGGAUUGGUGUGCCCUUACUUUCUUAGUGCUCACUACAUUUUCUGAUUCAGAAAGUCCAUUUCCAAGUAACGGUCUAUAAAUGCCCACAGGCAAUAGCCUGAGAAUAAAGUUCUGGCGCACAUCCUGCUUAGUAUCAAGUCUUUUGACCUUGAUGCAAUUCGUUUUUGUAUUCUGGCUAUCGUUAACUAAGCUUUUGGGCAGAAUUUUUAAAUUAAAUAAUUUAUUGUUUUGGCGUGAAAACUAGGACGGGCCGUUUGCCCUUCAGAGCGGGGCGGAUGACAAAAAUAGGCCGGUUCUGAAGCCAAUCAGAUUGCUUCAUUUUCAACGGUAAGAGAUAAAACAACACGUCUGUUUAGUAUAAGUUAUCAUCAGCUACUUUUCAUAAAAGUAUCAUUAUAAACGUUUCCUUGUUAAACAAGGUGCCUGUAAGUCGUGAUCUGUAUAUGAGUAGGUGAUAUGGUUUCGAUAUUCAUGCAUACGUUAAUUAUUUCCUAAAGUUUGUACUAAUGAAGCCAAUAAGUGACGUGACGCGCUGUUGCGCGAGGGCGCGAGCUUGAGCGCUCCACGUUUAAAGGCAAAAUUUUACCGCUGCCUUUGAGAAAUUUGCCAUAAAUAUUUGCUGGAUAUUAUAUUAAAGACAAAUCUACCUGGAAAGCAUAAAGGAUUUGUGAAGUUUGUACAGAAUUGUCUGGAUUUUUGAGGCGAAAAUUUGUUUCGUGGCUACGAUUUGUGACUGCCAGUUUGGAAAUUCAGUUGAGACCGUUAAGAAAUCCCGCAAGCAUACGGCGCACGUGAUUUCACAUACGUCAGUGGCGAAGAAUCGUUCAAAUUAUUGAAAUUAAUAUUAGAACAUUCAAUUAAAGCUAAUCUAACAUUACUGAUUGGAAGUUGAACGUUUCUGGAAUUCUUUAAACCCAUAUUAGCAACUGUUUUGUGUGCGUCUGGAACAUUUAUUCAACUUGACAAAUAAAGAGUCAUAAUCUAGCAAUUAUGUACAUGGACACCAUGCAGAAACUACGCAAAGAAAGACAUUCGACGAUUCAAAAACCUUUAUUUAUCAUCGCCAUUCUCUGGUUGUUGUUUCUAAGCGUCAAACAAUCAUCACGCAACCCCACGGACUCAGGAUCCACGUUAAUUAUAAGUCCAGAACUGGUAAUUUUGCCCAACAGACUGUGCUCGAUUUGGUUUACAACUCAAGAUAAAAAGUCGAGAAAAUUUAACUUACCAGAUGAUAGCUAUCGAUACGGUCUUUGUUUCCAAAUCGCAAAGAUUACGAGUCAUACGUACGAGUCAAUACAACAUCAAGCUUACAGAGUCCUUGUAUGAGAAUCCCCGACGAUUUUGGGCGGCUGUAAAACACUCAACGGAAAACCGAAAGAACAUCAAUUUCCUGAAAACUGAAGACUCAUUUACAACGGACAAAUUUGAGAUGGCAAAUACUUUAAAUACAUUCUUUCAUUAUGUCUUCAACCCUAAGAGCUCGGAAUCAUUUAAUAAAUCUCCCUUACCCUCAACGUCAUCAAUGCCCGAGCUUUCCAGUAUUGAACUCUCGGAAAUUGAAGUUGUUGGAGUUCUUCGCAAACUAAAUUCACGAAAGGCGUGUGGUCCAGAUAACAUUCCGAACAGACUGCUGAUCGAACUUGCGGACGUUAUUGCACCUUCGUUAUGUGAGAUAUUUAACAUGUCAUUGAAUCUUGGUGUAGUACCUCUUAAAUGGAAAAUGGCGAACAUUACACCCGUAUUCAAACGCGAAGAUCCAACGCUGGCAAUGAACUACAGGCCAAUCUCACUACUUUGCACUUUGUCGAAAGUCCUAGAACGUUGCGUUCACAAUCAUUCCUACCAGCAUCUCGAGCCACACAUUUACCAAAUGCAGCAUGGUUUUAUACGAGGAAAAUCCACAACCACACAGCUGCUUGAAGUAUACCAUGAAAUUCUGGAAUCAGUCGCAAGUGGGAAUGAAGUUGAUGCCAUAUACCUGGACUUUUCAAAGGCAUUUGACAAAGUACCGCAUCAUCUUCUUUUGCGAAAGCUUGAGACUUUGGGAAUCAGGGGAUCUCUAUUAUCUUGGUUCCAAAGCUACCUCACAGACAGACAACAAAGAGUCGUUCUUCACGGCGUUUGCUCCGAAUGGCUUCCCGUAACAUCAGGUGUGCCACAAGGUUCUAUACUCGGACCCUUGCUAUUCCUUGUUUACUGUAACGAUAUUCCAACCUACAUCGAAAAUAAUUCUACACUUGCGUUAUUUGCGGACGAUUCAAAGCUUUACCGACCACUUUUGUUUCCCACAUCUUCCACUUUACUUCAGCUUGAUCUUUCCAAUAUAACAAACUGGACUGCUGAUAAUCAAAUGGAACUAAACGCAACAAAAUGUAAGACCAUGCACUUCUCAAGAAAAAGAGCACCUACGCGAACUCAGUAUUCAAUCAAUGAGAACAUACUCGAACAAGUGUCGACCUUCAAGGACCUUGGUGUGCUCAUAUCCAACAACCUAUCCUGGUCGAAACACAUAGAAAGCAUUGUAUCCAAGGCUAAUAAAACACUUGGUCUCAUCAAAAGGAUUUGUAAAGAAGUGAAGAAUACCAACACAAGAAGAAUUCUGUAUUGUGCGCUGGUAAGACCCAAGCUAGAAUACGCAAGCAGCAUGUGGUCGCCUUACACCAUUAAGCAUUGUUUGCUCAUCGAGAAUGUUCAACGGCGGGCCACAAAAUUUAUCUUGAAUUAUCCUGACAUGUCGUACGUGGACCGGUUGCAGAAAACAAAUCUCCUACCACUGGAAUUCCGAAGAGAACUUUCUGAUCUGAUACUGCUGUUCAAAUCCAAACACCACCUCAUAACAAUUGAUAUAAACAAAUAUUUAUGCACUUACAAUCCCAGCUAUCAAUCUCGCAACUAUGACGAAAAUAACUUCCACCUCAUUAUAAAACAUAAUCAGGAAUACUUUCAAAACUCUUACUUUAUUAGAUCAGCAAAACUUUGGAACAGCCUACCAACUGAAAUUAAGAAAUCCAGUAGUUUAUGUUCGUUUAAAACUCGUUUAAAUAACUUAUAUAGUAUCAAGUCAAAAUCAUACAAACUUCCCAAUAACCGGAGCUAAUAUUUAGUUUUGUGAAGAAAAUGUUUGUAAUAUAAGUACUAAGUAUUUAGUUCAGUUCAGUAAAGUUCACCCACUAGCUCGGUGUACGAACAACCGUUAAUCAGUUAGAAUUUAAAUAAUGAUCAAGUUCAGAUUAGUGUUAAGCUUUCGUUUGUUCUCACACCGAGAAAGUGCCUAUGAAGUAUAUAUGGGGCGAGGUAUUAAUUGGGACGUAAGUCCUGUUCCACAUUCCAGUCACGUGUGUUGUCUUGUAGCUUGUUAUGUAUAUUGUUUAUCAGUGUCAUUGUAAAUAUUUGUGACAAAUUUAAUAAUAUAUAAUAUUACAAUUAUUUAUUAUUUCUAGCGAAGACAAAUAAAGAUAGCGGUAAUAACAUUGACUUCUUGCUUUCAAAAGGGCAAAAUUUAAUGAAAUACUCGUCAAUUUUCGAUAAGAGCGAGACAAAGCAACGUCGGGUCGUCAAGCUUUGUAAACAAAGUUAUAAUUCACAAGUACUGUCGAGAAAACGUCCAAAAUGGUCAAAACUUAUUAUUUGUUUCCGUGGCAACGAUAAAAGAUACGAGCUGGCGACAGAGCGAAGCGGCAUAGUGUAAACACCCUUGAUUUUGGCUUCGGUGUGAAAAUUGAUCCCGUAUGAAAAUCAAUCCGGUAUAGUGUAAUCCCAGCCUCAGAUCAGUGGGCAUUAUCUAUUGUAGUCGUGUCCUCAUUAGUAUUCUUUAUAUAAAGAAUCCUAAUAAGGCAGUAUAUCCAUCGAAUUUGUAGUCGUGUUUGAAGCAUUUAAUAAACUCGCAGGACGUGUUUUAAUAGGUCUUAAACCUAAUAAAACACUCCUGCUCGUUUAUUAAACAGUACAUAAUAAUCAUAGAAUUUGCAUCAAAAUAUGGUGAAUUAAAAGAUACGCAUGCCUAAAAGUUUGUCAUCCCUACAUUUGCGAUAGGAGAGUACUAUCAUCGCCACUUGGCUUGCAAGUUCAGGCCGCCUACGGUGUCUCAGUACAGUUCUCUAAAAUUUUACGGAUUUUAAGUAUAGCCUUCGUUUUCACCCAAAUUUAUAUUGAAUACACUUAAGACAGGGCAAUAUAAUCAUGAGUUUGUUGUAGUGAAUUUGUUGUAGUUUGUUGUAGUCAAAACAUUCAACUAGAGUUUGACUUUUCGUAUAAAACAACUCAUAACUGUCUGCACUAUAGUUUUAUUAAAUUUACCAGAUAUAAAAACAAUACAUGUGAAAUUAAAUGAGUUGAAUGACAGGACUUACGUAAGUUCCAGUGACAGUUAAGAAGUGCCUUGAAGACAGUAUAAAAUAUCAUUUCAGUCUGCGACACUGUUGUUGAAAAUUGUGAGCUAUAAUGCUCACAAUUUUCAGUAAAUGCAGUACUCAACGUAAAAACACACUGAAAGAUAGGUUAGGGACCGUCGACAAAUAGAUUUCGUCCCGCAUCGCGGACUUGGGGCGCGAUGGGGGGGGGGAAGAUUAGAAUCCGCGAUUACAAAAUAUUUGGGACGAAAACUGAGUUUAGAAAUGUAAUACGAAGAUCAGAAGAAAAUGUAGUACAUUUUAAAUAAUAUACUCACAAAAAGUUCGGAGGCAAAAAGCGGAUAAAGCUCAACAACAAUACUUCGUUUGAUAUUUACAUACCACUACGGUUAAUUCCGAUUUGAUAUGUGUUGCCGCUGGAAUAACUGAUCGCGGCCAAAUAUUUUGUGUUGACUUUUCUGACUAAGUUCGCAGUUCGACACAACCUUUCUAGUUUCGUUCAAUCGGGGAUAUAAAUAUUGCAUUUGUGGACAACAAAUCGGGUAUUUAUUUAAAUUUUAUGUUGCUUACAACUGCUAACAAUACGGAAACUAGUUUUUAUUUAUUACAAGCUGAUUGUAAUGUUAAAAGUCAGCAUUUAUACAUACUGUAUUCUUGUCUAUAGUAGACCGCUCACAGUCAUAUUUCGGAUAAUAUUUUGGACCAUAAUUUCGAUUCUCUUUGGAUUUUUUACUUGUCUGCGUGAGGUAGGGGGUUCAAACAAUCGCGGCCCACGUCCGCGAUGCGGGACGAAAUCUAUUUGUCAACCGCCCCUUAAGAUCUAGUUAACAACAUACGAACUGUUCGAUUUUUGAAAAGUUUAGGAUUAUAAUAAAAAACUGGCGCUUUCCUUGAAGAUAAAACUCAAGAACAACUUGCCGCGCUUGUUUCAAAAUUUUUACCGCGCCACGAAUAUCCCACGUACGCGUGCGAGUCACGAGGAUGAAGUCUGAUCUGUAUAAAUAUGUUUAAACUGUAGGGAGCCGCCUUAAAGAAACCGAAACAAAACUGGGUUAAAGAAGUAUACCUGUAUCUGAACCCAUAUUAACGAUGACGCCACCAUUUCCUCCAUAACCUUUCCCCAUUAAUUCCAGCGCUAUCAUACUGCCAUUAAUUAUACCACCCUGUAUAAAGUGCAAUAUGGACAAAGUUAGCUAUAAAUAACGCUUGUUUGUACCAUUAUUUCGCCAUCUUGGAUAACUCAUAACAUGCAUGCAACAUCUUUUUGUAUUUCGAAACUAUUCGAGUUAGAGGGUAUUAUUGUUUGUAACGCCAUUUGUACGCUGCCAUAAUUGCAGCCUACACCAGACCAAUAAACAAUAUAUAUUAUUUGAAAAUAUAACUAACUAGGGAUCCAAGGAUAGUGUGAAGUUUCAAAUCGAAGAAGACACUGCAAGGACUAUAUAGGAUCGACGACACUUACACUACGAAAUACACAGUUACCAAAGGCAUUUCAUCUGAUUAUCUAUAUUGUUUUUAAUACGUUAUACGUUCGGCACAUGAGUAGCGCGACGUUAGUCUCGCAAGUUAUUUUCUUCGUACAAACACCCGUACAAACACCCGCUUCUGUUUAAUAGUUGUUUACGCUUUAUUGAUCUGAUGCAAUUUUUCGCCCUUUGUUUUGAGUGUAGCCAUCUAUUCUGCGUAGCACCUUAUACAGUAAUGUAUAAUGAUGAAUACUCGCGUACGGUCUAAAUAAUAUCGAUAGGCACUUAAUCCAAUGCUGGUAAUGCAUAACAUCAAUUAUAUAUUGCGUAGAAUCGGCAAAGAUUUUCUCAAUAUUCAUGUCUGAAAUGUUUAUAUAUUUGAAAACAACACUGUCUCGCACCUUCCUACGUGCUACGUCUGUAUAAAUAAGUAUACCGUGAAAAUAUUUAAAUAUCGGCACUCAAUUGAAUGCCUAGAGGCUUUCUUCUCAAAGAUUUUCGACUCAAUAUUUACGUCUGAAGUGUUUAUACACUUGAAAAAAAGUCCUGUCUAGCUCCUUCCUAGCUCUGUAUAAUGAAUGUACCGUCUAAAUAAUAUCGGCACUUAAUUGAAUGUCCGUAAUGCAUAACAUCAAUUUAUAUAUUGCGUAGAUUCUGAAAGAUUUACUCAAUAUUUACGUCUGAAAUGUUUAUACAUUUGAAAACAACACUGUCGCUCUUCCUAGCAUAUCGUCACGCAUCUACGGCUUGAUAGCGCAUGCGCAUUUGCGCUGCUAAAGAAAAAAUCGGGUGUUCCGGGGUAAAUAUCCUUUACACAACAUGAGAAGCGAAUGUUAUAAAAUUUACAAAAAAUUACAAUAACGAAAACCAUUCCUCGAAAUUUUUGUGAACUUGGCAAAACGAUAAAAGAAUAUUUAAAUAAGACAACUGAAAUUGCCUAAAUAACCUUCAAAGCACUGACUAAGUACGAUAAAUCACUACGAACAUAAAUCGUAUACACCCCCCGGAAAGUUUACUGUAUGACUGACUGAAUGAAUGACUGACUGACUGAUUCGUUUGAAUUUUCCCCCCACUCAUCACAAUACUGUGAAGUUUCGAAGAAACUUCACACUAAAAAUGGUCAUACAUAGAACAUCGAGUUACAUAUAACAGUUGGAACUGACUGCUACAGAUAGAUAUCUUCCUGUUCAUAUGAGCCCCGUUUGCUGGGACGCUCACCCGAAUUACAGCCUACAUCCGAGCGAAAUGAAUCAGAAUUUCUGUGUUCAUAUGACUGUUCUUAUCCCACUUAAUAUCCAACUUCAGUGCAGGCUCGGCAUUUAUGCAAACAUGACGUCUUUGUUGCAUGUAAUUAGAACAAAAUGCACCUUGUAUUACGACUUUAAUAACGUCUGUUUAGCCCGUUUAGGUCUAUCAAUGUUGUAUUUUCCAGCUAUGUCGUUCAGUAGUAUAUUGUAUAGGUCAAAAUCGGCAAAACAUUUCCAUCCCAGUCAGAUGGGAUAAAGCUUUCAUACGCAUGAAAGUCUUUUCCCACUGGCGCAAAGUGAACCAGGCUGGCUCGUUUCUCAUUUGAAAACAAAUAUGAUUUUACAUAUGUAAAUCAUAUGUAACCAAAGGACAUGCAGAUCUCACUCUGCAGGCGAGUUUCCCUGUUAGCUGGGCUAAUACAAACAAGCCUUAAAAUUUUGCCUGAAUGCUAGUCACUCCACCCAAAUCUCAUUCCAAGCAGCAAAAUUGCUGGUGCAAAUGCCACUCUUUCCAGUGGUCCAAAUCCCAUUUUCCUAGUGAACAAUUAACUGAGACAAAUUCCGGCUUCCAUUUCACCCUUUACGAUUCUCUUGUAUAUGUAAUGAAACGGAAGCAAAUAGGAGGCUAAAGAGAAGGCUAAGUAAGUUGGGAAAUUUCAGCAUAAAGGUAACUAUUUUUCUCCGUGUUUGACAGGGUGGGUUAGGAUAAACAUAGUUAAGAAAGUAAUAUCACAAUUGUUGCAAAGAUAAAUAUCCUGGGCUAAGUAAGGAAUAUAAAUAUAAGCAUAUUACCUAAUAUAAUUGGUCACUGAAUCGAAAAGCCCUGACGAGGGGUGAGCUGAAUAAUGUAUGUAUGUAUAUAAAUGCAUGUAUGUAUAUGGACCAUUUGGUUGAUACUAUUAAACUAAAUAUAUAUGCAAGUUUGAAUACAUUAUUUAACAAAUAACACGCGUUAAGAUCCAAAACGUCGUAUAUAAAAUAAUAUUCGUAAACGAUUCCCGUCGAGUCGAAUUUGUGAAACAAAUCUAAAUAUAUAUGCGUAUAUGCAUGUUGACUUCUAGCCUGCGAACAGGCUCUCAAGUUGAAUUGAGAGCCUGAAUAUCUGCCCCGUAACGUUCGUUUUUCCAAAUAUGGAAUGUCUAUCCUUAUAAUAUAUGGUGUUGUUUACAACUUUCGUGCAAACUAAAUUUAGACGAGUGUAUCUAAAAGUCGAGGGUCGAGAGUAAAGGUCGAGAGUCGAGAGUAAAAGUCGAGAGUCGAGAGUCGAGAGUAAAAGUCGAGAGUCGAGAGUAAAAGUUGAGAGUCGAAAGUAAAAGUCGAGAGUCGAGAGUAAAAAGUCGAGAGUAAAAAGUCGAGAGUAAAUAAAAUAAUAUGAAAUUAUACUGGAAAAAAUGUACAACAUAACAGAGGCUAGCAAUAUAUUAAGAAGAUAUUUGUUAUCAUAAGUUUUUACGACUUCUAUGACGACGAAUCUUUGCAAAUAUCACGUCGUCUCGGAUGGUAGUUUUGGCGGGAAAAUGUGCAUUCGUAACAAUAGUCUAUAAAGCCUGGUUUCUAUCAUUUCGUAUGGUUGGAAGGUCAGAAACUUUUUUCUGCAAAGGAAAAAGCGGAUGGCUUUAACCAAUUUUUUACGUCAGUCUUCACCUCCGACACAAGUUCUUCACCUCUUUACACUCCCUCUAGUUCAGCUUCUAACUCUCUUGACUCAUUAAAUGUAUCUGAAUCCGAUGUUCAGUCUUUGUUGUCCAAUUUGUCACCCUCUAAGGCUACUGGUCCAAAUGGUAUUCCAGCUUACCUUCUAAAGCGAUGUUCUGAGGUAAUUGCCCCUUCUUUGACUGCUCUCUUCGAGUUAUCUCUUCAGCAGGGUGUUUUUCCUUCUGAAUGGAAAGCUGCUAAUGUCGUGCCUAUACCCAAAAAGGGUGACACUCAUGAGGUCACUAACUACAGACCAGUUUCCUUACUCUCUCAAGUCUCAAAAGUUCUCGAACGUUUAAUUUUCAGGCAGGUUUCUUCUUUUGUUGAAAACUCCUUGUACGACCUUCAACACGGCUUUCGUUGUAAAAGGUCGUGUGUUACUCAACUUUUGAGUGUACUUCACGACCUUGGUCGUACUCUUGACUCUGGAAAGGAAACAGACCUGAUUUAUCUCGACUUUGCUAAAGCGUUUGACUCGGUGUCCCAUAGCAAACUUUUGUUCAAACUUAAAUCGUUUGGAAUCUCAGGUCCACUUCUUAACUGGUUUGCUGAUUACCUUCGUGAUCGCAAACAGUGUGUUGUCGUUGAAGGAGCUUCCUCAUCUUUUCUUAAUGUUACCUCUGGGGUGCCACAAGGUAGUGUAAUAGGUCCACUUUUAUUCAUUCUUUAUGUAAAUGACCUUCCCGAGGUAACCAAUAAUAGUACCGUUGCACUUUUUGCUGAUGACAGCAAGUGUUAUCGUGCUAUACGAUCACCAGUUGAUCGUGGUCUCCUUCAGCUUGACCUGGACGCUAUGUCCAACUG